GAAGCAUGGAGCCCGCGGAUAGGAAAGGGUGAACCAUAGAAGGGCGGGGCCCUAUUAUAGUUCUGGGCAGGGCGUGAGGGCAGCCGCGCUCGGACCGUCCAAUCCGCAGGCUCGUACCAGCUUCAGAUUCUUGCCGAGGCUGCGACGAUCGCAACGUCUCUAUAGGUCGCCGCAGGCCGUCUUCCGGUAGGGUGGGCGUGUCGGGGGGGCGGGUCCCUGCGCCGUGGCGGGAAAGCGGCGGCUCAGGCUGGACUUCUGAGACGCGGAGGGACGGAAACGGAUCUGAAGCGUGAUCUCUUCACCAUGGACGCCGCCGAGGUAGAGUUUUUGGCCGAGAAGGAACUGGUGACCAUCAUCCCGAACUUCAGCCUGGACAAGAUCUACCUGAUUGGGGGGGACCUGGGGCCCUUCAACCCCGGCUUACCCGUGGAAGUACCCCUGUGGCUGGCCAUUAACCUGAAACAGAGACAGAAGUGCCGUCUGCUACCUCCAGAGUGGAUGGAUGUAGAGAAAUUGGAGCAGAUGCGAGAUCAGGAACGGAAAGAGGAGACGUUCACCCCAGUGCCCAGCCCACACUACAUGGAGAUCACCAAGCUCCUGCUCAAUCAUGCUUCUGACAACAUUCCCAAGGCAGACACCAUCCGGACACUCAUCAAAGAUCUGUGGGACACACGCAUGGCCAAGCUCCGGGUGUCUGCUGACAGCUUUGUGCGACAGCAGGAGGCACAUGCCAAGCUGGAUAACCUGACCCUGAUGGAGAUCAACAGCAGUGGGGCCUUCCUCACCCAGGCACUUAAUCACAUGUACAAACUCCGCACCAACCUCCAGCCCUCCGAAAGCACACAGUCAUAGGACUUCUAGCUCGACUGAAGAGGCACUCAGCUCUGGACGCGUGUGGUGGUGAAGAGACGGCUGUGGACACGGGUGGAGGAACUCAGGCACACCGCAAGCUCAACUUCCAUCGACGUAGAAGCCACCAGCUCUCCCCUCAUGGGAAAGAAAACAAGUCUGCGGGCCAGGACUUCUCGAAUGAGCUCAGACUCCUGCUCAUGUCAUGCACAGCAAGUGUCCAGUUAAGUUCAGGUCUUCAAGUUCAACCUGUGAAAGCUGUGUAGUUGAGAACUGGGGGGAGGGUGAGGGGUGGCGCUAACAUAAAAAGGUUUUCCUCUUAACAUGAUUUAGGAAGAUUUUAUUUUUGGGAUGUUGUCAGAAAUUACAGCAAUAUAUUCAUAAAUACCUAAUUACUACAUUCAACAAAUAAUAUUACAAUACAGUUAAUUCAAACAAGUACACUUAGAACGGGUUUAAUUUCACAGCAUCUAAACUGCCCCCAGAGUGACCGAGGCACCUGUCCUCCCUCCUGCCUGGGUCCACCGCCCCAGCAGCGAGGCAUAGGGCACACACAAGUACAAAACCAGUGAGAUGCCUCCUCGGGUCAAGGCGGCCUCUAGGGUUGAAGUUAAGCACUGGGUCAGACAGUGGGGACAGGCUACGGCAAGUAGUGAAGCCAAAGCUUGAGCACUUGAAAGAGCACAGACGGCUGCUAGUGGCUGACAGCGCACCUUGGAGGUGCCGAGCCUGCUGUGCGGGCCAUCUCCAUGCUGGGUUCUGGACAUGAGGGCAGGGGAGGGAGGCAUCUAGUUUGCAGUUCAGUUUAACUGAGAUUUGGCAGUGCUGUGAGCAUGGCUGCAAUUCCCCACCCGUAGGGCAGUGCUCUUCUGGGUACCUGGCCAGCAAGUGCUGACCGUCCUAGCUUACUCAUCUGGGUGAUGGCAGGCCUCAUCAGUUUGGCUCUGAUGAAACAUGGGGCCAUGGGAUCGAACACUGGACUGGUUCAUCACAAGCUUGGUGAAUUCCCAGCCAGGAGAGAUGGCAGCUAUCCCUUGGAGGUGAAGUGGGAAGACACGGUCAAGGACUAGGAAUCCCAGGUAUGUAGUAAUUUUCCAGUCCACCCUAGAGCAGAUCUGUAGUGGAGAAAGAUUGGGAGAGGCUGCCGGGGCCUAUGCGUGGUACCUAGACGGGUGUUGCUGUGUUUUUACCUUCAUCAGUGUCUCAGACUGUAGGAUGGGAAAACCACGUGUGUGUGGUGUGAGUGGCAUACUUGCCUGCCACCUUACUGGCUUGUACCUGGUUCUGAUUGUCACUUUACUUGUGAGCAUGGGAAUAUUCAGGGCUCCACAGGCAGGCCAGGGCGCUUGGAAGGGACAUAGGCAUUGCCAGAUCAGUGGCUCAGCUUGUGCCCCAGGCCCACCUGGGAGGUUAUCUCUUACAUUGGGUCACACACUCAGGGGAAUUCCUGUGAGAUAAUGGGGGGAGAGGGGGCUGUAUGUGCGCCUUAAGUUAUAGGGUCUACUUUUCCCAAAGCCAUUACCAAGCAGAUUAGCAAAAGCUUUCAGUCAUCAGUGUGGAGUUUAGACUGGGACAGGAACACUAAGGUGUGAGCGCAAGCAGCAUCUAAUUAGGAACUCGGUAACGCUUUGUUCCAGGGCAUGCAGCCUCUGCUCACCUGCAGCCCAUCUUCAGCUGGCUAUAGGGCAGAGACCUCAGUGCCCCUCGCCUGCUGCUCCUGUGCCAAGCCACACUGUUUGACGGCUGACAAUGCUGGUGGCUCUUUCUUUUCUGGGUUUGCUAAUAACUCGAAGAUUCUUGGCAGGGAGACAGCAAACUGCAGGGGGCGGACAGGCAGGGGCUGCUGGCAAGCUGCUUUGUACAACCAUAAGCCUGGUGGCGGAAGGUAGGCUCAGCCUCCUCUCCCCAUCCUCCAACCUGGCCAACUCUGACUGAGGAGUUGAAGCUGGGAGAUUCCCUGGUACCGAGUUCUCUGCCAUGGCUGUGCCUGUCACAGCUCGAGCUCCUGCUGCACGUGGGUCACUCUGCUCUGAACACGACUAGCCCAGCCCCAGGUGCCCCUCAGCCCUGCCGUGUGGGAUGACUCAGGUGAGCUCUUCUAUUUUCUAAAAGGAACUUCAGCAUUUUAAUGUCCUGACCAGCAGCAGCACAAACACUAGAAGCAGGUUGUUUUUUUUAACCAGAAAAAACAAAAACGAGUAAAACAAAGGA